AUGAGAGGACGUAAGCUUCUUGGGAGGGUUAUCGAGGAAACAGAAGAGGAAUCAGAAGGUGCUUGCCAGCUACAAUGUGUGGAUGAAAGCUGUUGCCUGUCUUACAACUUUGGACCGGCAGAAGACGGGAAAAGACUCGAAUGUCAACUAAGCGACUCUGAUCGAUUUGCUGCUGUGGACAAUUUCACUCAAGAUGACGAAUUUUACUACAGGGGAAUACAGGCAUUGUGUAAUGGGUACAACGUAGAAGAAGUCGAAAAAAAAAGAAAAAGAAAUUCUUCAGGCAGGAUUUAAUUUUUUUUUUCAUAAAAAAUAUCCUUUGAUUUAAAAUAUUCUUUACCAAUUUCAGUAGUUUACCACUCAGCUUUCUUUAAAGGACAUCAACAUCUAAAGAUCAAAUACCUAAGGAUAAAAUUCACGCCUUCUGUGAAAAAAUCUAGCAAUUCAAUUUCCAGAACUGUCUUGGCAAAUUUUAUCUUAUUUGGAUUUGAUAAUUUAUAUCUGUUAGCAUUUUGCAUCAAGUUAGCAUCUCUCAAAAUAUAGAGCUCUUGUAAGAUAAGCGAUUCCAUCUGCGGCGAAAAAGGAAUCAGUUUUCCCAACUAUCAAGACGGCAGCGUAAGAUGCAAACGUAAAGAUGGCUAUAGAGGACCAACUUGCGGUUAGUGUUGGAGUUGUCAUAUGCAUGGUUUGGCCUUAACAAUUUAGGAAUUCAAACAGAAAAAGACGAUUAUGGAAUAUUUUUAAGCAGUAACACAAGCACACUCCGACAAAUUACUUAGAUGGCUUAGAAAAAUUUUGAACCCAUGGCUUCCUGAUAAAGGAUAACUCUCCCCGACUCCCUACUGAAUUUCAGGCGUAUCGUGGUAGCUAGUGAAGCCGCCACUGGAAGGAGGCGAAAGACACAAGUCUCGAACAUACUUUUUAAGCAUUCGAAAGAAACUAAGAUCUAGCGAUAAUGUUAGAGCAACUAUAACAAGUUGUUAUACAAUAUCACGAGUCGCGUGCCCCUCUAUUCGGCAGACUUUUAUUGUCUUUUGUACGGUGCAUUUUACUCGGCAAAUUUAGUUAAGUUUUUUUUUUUCUUUUGCAUACGUGUCUCUAUGUCUGUUUGUUUGUUUGCUUGUUUUUUGGUACCAUUUCAAAGCUAUAGAACCAGACAGCUGCGCUGAACUGCUUCGACACGGUUGGAAUUCCAGUGGCGUAUACACCAUUAAUCUAGAUGACGGAAAACCAGUGCAAGUGUUAUGUGACAUGAAUACGGAUGGUGGAGGUUGGACCGUUUUUCAGAGACGUUUGGACGGAUCUGUAGAUUUUUUUCUAGGGUGGGAAUCUAACAAAUACGGCUUUAGAAAUCCUUAUGGCGAGUUCUGGCUUGGAAACGAUAAUCUUCAUCACUUGACAGACUCUGAUGACGUAAUGCUGAGAUUUGACCAGGAAGACUUUGAAGGGAACAUCACCUACGCUGAGUACACUACUUUUAAGGUGGCAGACGAGGCUGAUAAGUACAGGCUUUUGAUUGAAGGAUACUCUGGCAUGGCUGGUGACUCUAUGCUUGGGCACCAAUCUCUAAGGUAAAUGAAAUCUGAACGAGGCUCAAAGUGAUAUAAGCUGAGCGAGUCAAUUCUUUAAACUUCUCUUACGGCUACGCAUCAUUAGUUGAGAUCGUGAUGUAUUUCGAUCAAAAAAUGUUCGGCGACAAAGCCAAGAGGCACUUAUCGAUUUUCUAUCAUAAAUUGAAGAGAAUAUACGACAUUUUUUAAAGACAUGUUUCGGCAGUUCUCCUGUCAUCUUCAGUUCUGAUUAUAAAAGGUCAAAAACAAACAAUAGAAACAAUAGAAACAAACAGUUAUUGUGUACUGUUACGAGGAAAGUUUCAAAUGAAUAUGAAAAAGUUGAUAAAGUUUCUUUUAACUGCAUUCAAUGUUCUGUUCUAUUGUUUGUUUUGUCCAAUGAGCAUUUCGUUUUACACUUUACAUUCAACUUUGUACUGAAGAUGACAGUAGAACUGUCAAAACAUGUUUUUAAAAAAUGUCGUAUAUUUCCUUCAAUUCGUGACAUAUCUGCUGUUAUCCAGACAUUUUUUUAUCAUAACAGUUAACGCAACAAUUUGUUAUCAAAAAAGAAGGAAAUCAAUCGGUCAGCAAUAACUAUUCCAGGCGAAGUAAUAUUCUAAUUCUGAAACCUCUUUAUGUUCUGAGGUGAGAAAAAACGCCAAAUGACAAAAAAGAAAAGUUGACUUCUAAGAGGCUUUUAGUUUAGGACGAUUCUCCUUCUCUUCUCAAUUACAGCCAAACCUUCUCCUUGAUAUUUUUUAAUUUAUACUCUCAUGUGAACUAACCCGAGGCUCAUGAAACUUUUUUCAAAUAACCCGACGAUGAUUACAAGGAGGGGGUAGUGCUGCUCGGAAUAGUACUGUCUAUUUUAUGACAAAGGGUGACUCAUACAGUUAAUGUCUAUGAUCUUUUUCUCACUCUCGCUUAUGUUUCUAGUAGGAUGCAGUUUUCGACCAAAGAUAGUAAGAA